AUGAAGGUCAAGAUCAAGAGGUGGAACGCGGUCGCGACAUGGCGAUGGGAUCUUCCCGAAGAUGAUCUUUGCGGUAUCUGCCAGAACCCCUUUGACAACACAUGCCCUGCCUGCAAAUAUCCCGGCGAUGACUGCAUCCUUUUAUCUGGAAAAUGCGGACACAACUUUCACAUGCACUGCAUUCUGGAGUGGAUGAAGCAAGACUCAGCCAAGGGACAAUGUCCGAUGUGCCGACAGAGGUUUGAAUGGGCCGACCAAACGAACCAGACGAUGAGGGAUGCAGCACAGGCUUUGGCCAGUGUGUAG